ACUGUUAAUGCCUCUCUCUCUUUCAUCAUAGACAAGCGGUCAGAAGAAGGAGCGCAUGAAGCAGGGCCAGAUCCUUCAGCUCCUGUCACCAGACGAGGAGUUCUAACAUCAUUAUUAAGUGGGAAACCAAUGGAUAUUCCAGAACAAGAUAUUUUGGGACGGUGUCGCUUUGUUUCUGAAUUUGAGAAACUGAACAGGAUUGGUGAAGGCACCUAUGGCAUUGUUUAUCGAGCACGUGAUACUAAGACAGACAAGGUGGUAGCACUGAAGAAAGUUCGUAUGGAGCAUGAGAAAGAUGGAUUACCUGUCAGUGGACUGCGAGAGAUCUCUGUCCUCCUCAGCUGUCGUCAUGAAAACAUUGUUCACUUGAAAGAAGUUGUAGUUGGAAGAAGUCUUGAGAGUAUUUUCUUGGCGAUGGAGUACUGUGAACAGGACUUAGCCAGUCUUCUUGAUAACAUGCAGGCACCAUUCUCAGAGUCCCAAGUGAAAUGUAUCAUGCUGCAGGUGCUACGUGGUCUGCGCUACCUCCAUCGCAACUUCAUUGUUCAUCGAGACCUGAAAGUGUCCAACUUACUUAUGACAGACAAGGGAUGUGUCAAAAUAGCAUCAUACAGUAAACAUCUGGAGAUAUAUUCCAAUUUACGCAGUGAAAGGAUGGAACGAAGAAAAACUGCAAAUCUUUCUGAUUUUGGUUUGGCACGCUGGUUUGGUCUACCUUUGCGUCCAAUGACACCUCGAGUAGUGACUUUGUGGUACAGGGCUCCUGAACUCCUACUACAGGCACAUACCCAAACAACUUCUGUUGAUAUGUGGGCUGCUGGCUGUAUAUUGGGAGAACUCUUGGGACACCGUCCACUGUUACCAGGACGCUCUGAACUCGGCCAGUUGGAACUGAUCGUUGAUCUUUUAGGGACUCCUUCUGACGCUAUUUGGCCAGAGUUCUCUUCACUUCCAGCUCUUCAGAGCUUCACAUUGAAACAGCAGCCAUACAACAAUUUAAAGCAGAGAUUCCCGUGGCUGUCAGCUGCAGGACUUCGCCUUCUUAAUUUUCUCUUCAUGUAUGACCCCAAGAAAAGAGCUACUGCUGAAGAGUGUCUCCAGAGUUCUUAUUUCAAGGAAGCACCCUUACCUUGUGAUCCAAAACUGAUGCCAACAUUUCCUCAACAUCGCAACCUGAAGGCAUCCAAAACUACAGGUGCAUCAACACAGGAGAAUGCCAACAACUCUGGAGAACAUUCCUUGCACCUGCCUGCCAUAUCUGAUCUGCUUGGGACCAUUGUCAAGAAACGCAGAUUGGAAUAAUGAUGUGCUGCUCAGAAUGGAGAAUGUAUACUAUUACAUAGUUAAGUAAAACGCCCAACUUUAAAAGAAAUAAAGACCAUGAUUUGUAUUUGGG